AGAUUUAGGGAGGUUCAGCACUUGUGUCUAAAAACUGUUUUUCAGUGUGUCCAGUAUAUACAGUGCAUCCUGAACAGCAGAGACAGAAGACUUUCUUUAUAGAGAGGAAUCACAGCGUGAGGACUAAUAUACGUUAAACAGUUGAAUUUAGCGUGUUAUCAAUAGAUUAUCAUGAUGUCGAUGAGGACGGAUUUUAACCCUGCCACCAAGGUGCAACGACUCCAGGAAGAGCUCCUACAGCAUCGGGCCAAGGAGAAAAAGCUGUUGGACGCUAACAGAGAGCUUAAAGAAAAGCUCGCUGAACUUUCUGUAGUUCAGACCAAUUUGAAGCGGGAACAGCUCGAGGUCGAUCGGCUGCGCAAACAUAUCCACGUGAGGGACAGCCAAAACGAGACGUUGAAGAGAAACUGUUUGAAACUGAAAGCCGAGCUCAAGAAUGAGGAGGAAGAUUGGACAAACGAGAGGAGAGGAUUUCAUGAGAGCAUUGUGGCUUUGGAGAAAAACCACUCCGAGUUAAAAAAGCAAUACGCCUCCGAAAAGAUGCUGAGAGAACAGCGGGAAAAGGAGUUGGAUAAACAGGACAAGAAAAUUGAGGAGAACAAAACCCUGAUCCUACAAAACCAGACAUUGGGCUCUGAGCUGGAACAGUGGAAGGGGAAGCACAACCAUGCCACGAAGAUGAUAGAUGAACUGAGGCAGAAGUUAAAGGCCAAACAUGUUGACUACAGAGUGCUACUCCAUCUACAUUACGUGGCAAAAAAAUCUGGAGAACGUGCUGAGACUGAAAACGAAGUGCUGCGAGAGAGUGUGACUGUUCUUGAGCGCUUCCAAGCAGAAGCCAUCAAGAAAGAUAUCGAGCUGCAUGGGGAUACGCACAAACAAAUAGAGGCCUACAAGAAAGACAUUUUUAAGUUGAGCACGAUGAACAAGAGGUUGGAAGAGGAAACCCUGCAUCAAAAGAUAACUAUUGAGGAUCAAGAGGCUAAGAUCACAGAGCUGUUGAAUGAAAAGUGCUCCCUAACAACAGAAGUGGAAAGCAAAAGGAAGAUGGUGAUCUUACAAGAAGCCGUGAUCCUUAAACUUAAAAAUGAAGUCAGCACUUUCAAUGAGAUGAAACUUAAACUCCAAAAGAGGGAGGAGGAAAUAUCCAGGCUCAUCUGCAACAAUUACAAGGAAAAUAUGGCCAUGAAGAAUACGGUCAACGUGUUGGAGAAGAGAGAAAAACAUGGCAUCGUCCAGAUUGGUUUCAUCAAGGCAGAGAAAGACGUCAUUGUUCAAAACCUCUUCAAGGCUCAAGAGGAAAUAGAUCUGAAAACGAAAACGAUCGAAAAGCAGACGGACACAAUUCAAGAUCUGAGUGACGAGAUCAGCGGGAAGAAUUCAGAGCUGGACAAGGUCAUCAAGAAUUAUGAGUCCAGAACCAAGCAAUGGACAGAUGUAAAGAGGCAGCUUGGAGAAACAAAAAGAACAAUGGCGGACGCUGCAGCUUCUGCUCACCAGCAUGAGCGUCUGCUGCGUAACGAACUGGCCACAAUGGCAGCGGAGAGAGACGAGAAGGCUAAAGAGCUGGAGUUCUGCAACCAACAGCUAAAACUGAAGACGCAGACGAUCGACAAUCAGAAUACUGAGAGGAACCGGCAACAAGAAGCUGCCAGAGAUUACAUGGAUCAAAUCAAGUCUCUCAAGCUGGAGAUCAUCGACAUCAAGCAUCAAUAUGACAUUGAUGUCAAGGUGGGAACACAAAGGGACAACCAUGGGAACCUCAAAAGACCUCCUCAGCAUGAUGUCAUUGCGUCUUUAUGCAGCAGGCAAAGACAGCAGCACGUGGUGAUGUUGGCAAAACUGGAAGAGGAAAAGGAAAAGAAUGGGGACCUGAGCAAGAUGUUGGCUGAGCGACCGGUUGACACACCAGAGAAGCUGCGCAAGUGUCAAAGAGCUCUCAGAGAGGUCAAGGAGCAGCACAAGGUGUCUCAGCAAAACUGUGAGGUGUACGAGGAAAUGUGCAGGCGUGAGCGGGAGCGGAACAAAUGGCUGACUGAUGAAUUGAGGAGGCUGAAGUUGGAAUCUGCAGAGAGACUGACGGACACUCGCAUGUCUCCUACUCCAAAUCAGACCCCGUGUGCCCCUAAGGAUGAAUCAAAGGGCCCACGCAAAACCAUAUCAAGAGACACAAGGUUCCCAACGAUCUCCAGCACAUCCCAGUGUGUUACUGCAGCUGAAUCAAAGCCGCCCCCUUCUCCUGGGUUACAGGCAAGGAAAAUAUUGCUCCAGAAACGUCCAUCAAAUCUACAUGGAUCAACAACAAGGAACAACCCGAAGAUCCUAAGUACCUGUGCAGUACAGACUGUAGAUGUCAAAAACUGAGCUAGACAUCCUACAGAGGGGGAAUUCUGUUUUUUUCCCAAUCUGGGCCCAACAUUUACAUUUAACAAAAGUUACAAGAUCCAUCCAGUAGAUAGCCUCAUCUGGCAGCUGCUUUGUGGCUGCUGCAGAGACGAUCUGCUGGACUGAUCCUGAAACUGUAAGUGCAGGGCCCAGGAUAAAACUACCAGAAUUCCCCUUUAAAAAAAAAAGGGCAGCAUGGUGACUCAGAGACGUGCACUGACCACAGAAAGGUCAUCGGAUCAGAGCCAGUCUGGUUCGGGCUUCUCUGUGUUGAGUCUGGUCGUCCCAUGUUUGCGUGGGUUUACACCGGGAGCUCCGGUUUCCUCCCACAUGCUGAAGAUACACAAGUUACAGCUCAGCACCUUGAUGGGAGCUUCUGCAAUCAUCACUUAACCACAUGACAGACCUCAUACCUGGACUUGCGACGGGGAAUUCUGGUUUUUUUUUUGUUUUUUUUUUACCUGGGCCCAACAUUUACAUGUUUUGACAUGUAAAUAAUUUGCACUUCACCAAAGGUUUGGAUCUGUCCAGUAGAUAGCCUCAUCUGGCAGCUGCUUUGUGGCUGCUGCAGAGACGAUCUGCUGGACUGAUCCUGAAAAUGUAAGUGCAGGGCCCAGGAUAAAACUGCCAGAAUUCCCCUUUUUAAAAAAAAGGGCAGCAUGGUGACUCAGAGACGUGCACUGACCACAGAAAGGUCAUCGGAUCAGAGCCAGUCUGGUUCGGGCUUCUCUGUGUGGAGUCUGGUCGUCCCAUGUUUGCGUGGGUUUACACCGGGAGCUCCGGUUUCCUCCCACAUGCUGAAGAUACACAAGUUACAGCUCAGCACCUUGAUGGCAGCUUCUGCAAUCAUCACUUAACCACAUGACAGACCUCAUACCUGGACUUGCGACGGGAAAUGCUGUUUUUUUGUUUUUUUUUAAAAAAGGCUUAAGUUCCUUUGAGGGCAGCAUGGUGACUUACACUGCACUGAACUCUCACAGAAAGGCCAUCGGAUCAGAGCCAGUCUGGUUCGGGCUUUUCCAUGUUGAGUCUGGUCGUCCUUCCCAUGUUUGCGUGGGUUUACACCGGGAGGUUAGACAGUAUCAGCACCUUAACCGCAGCCUCUGCCCUCCUACCUGCAUUUUGGACACGGAAUUAAUUAACUUUUUUUGACAUAUAAAUAAUUCACACUUAGCUAAAGUUGUGGGAUCAUUCCAGUAGAUAACUGUCUUCCACUGAGGCUGAGAUCUGCUGGACUGAUCCCAAAAUUAAAAAAAUACCAGAAUUGCCUUAAAAAUAAAUAAAUAAAUAAAUAAAAAAAUCACAGAAAGAUCAUCAGAUCAUGAAAUUUUUAAACAUUUAAGCAUUUGUAAUUCAUGUAAUGCUUUUUAACUGUUUCUAACCCUCUUUAGGCUUUAGUCAUCCCUUAGUGAUAUUUAUGAAUGUAUAUUUUUUAAAAUUAAAAAAAAAAAAA